UAAUAGAAUACACAGCUUCCUUCCCUGCUGUUUUGUUGCUAGAUCUGGGAUGGGGGUAUCAUGACACAAGGGCAGUGUCUGGGGAAGGAGACUCAUUUACCACGUCCCCAGGACCGCUCAUGGCACAGCACCUCUUUCCCAGCCUGCUGCCCCAGGUGUGCCCACUGUAUGCAGAGCACAGUGACUUAAUACUCCCUUGGUCCAGCACCCUUUGUUGAAUAGCCUUGCAAAAGACCUUACUGGAAAAAAAAAUUCCCUGGGCAGAAAAGCAAUCCUGUUCCCUUUCCAAAGCCUUAAAUGUUUGCUGUGUUAUCACAGAUAUUAGCAAGUCUUAACAGUAUCCUGUGGCAGGCUUUUUGAUUACCAAAUGACCGUCCCUUCUCAAAUACGGCUGAGAGAGAAAAAUUAUGACUGUUGGUUUAUGGAAUGGAUGCUAAAACCUCGACCAGUCUAACACAGUCCCACGGGAGCUCUGCCUGGACCCCUUGUUGAUGCCGUACCAACAGUAUGCAGCUGUCCUGCCAAUGUGGCAGCAUCUGCCAGCACACCCCCUCCUAGAAACCGUCACGCCUUGGCAUGCCUUAAUGUUGCUAAGCCAGCAGGAGCCUUUCGAAAGGUUGAGCACUGUCACUUAUUGAGCAGCAUGUGCAAGGCCAGAUUCAGCAGGCUUAUUCAGCCAAGGUCUGCAUGUGUUUCUGUACCGUAAUAACAACCAGGAAGAGUUUCCUAGAGCUAUCAGAUUCUCUACAGCUACCAUGAGAAGUGCACUGACCGUAAGAUUCAUCACCAGGAGAUUCAUUGGAGACUAUGACCCAACCCUAGAAAUGAUUUACAGACACAUGGCUGUCAUUGACGGGGAGAUGGUGCACUUUGAGAUCCUCGAUACAGCGGGACAGGAGGAGGAUUCCCUGCAGAUAGAGGAGAAGAUCAAAUGGGGCGAUGGCUUUGCGGUGGUCUACUCGGUGACAGACAGGUGCAGCUUCGACGAGGUCAUGCGGCUGUGUUUCCUUAUCAACCACAUCCACUCGAGCCCCAAGCGGAGCAGUGGGAGCGAGCAGCCUCCUGUCGUCAUUGUGGGCAACAAGAAGGACUUGCAGUUUGACAGGAUGGUGUCCACAGAGGAUGGUGAAAACCUCUCCAAAGCCUUGAAGCUUCCUUUCUAUGAGAUUUCCACCCGGGAUAGCUACGAAGAGACCGUGGUGGUGUUCAACACCCUCUACCAGGAGCUCAUGAGGCAGGGGCACUUCUCCCCGGGCUCCUUCAAGAGGAGGACAGUGUCAAAGCUGAUGGAGAAGAUCCCUAAGAUGCAAGGCAGCUCCACCUUGAACUCAGCGGGCCGUAGCCUCAGCUUUAACUCCUUCAGGGACUACAUCCCCGAGUGAGCUUCCCCAGUGUGGAGGCGAGAGUGAUGGCCGAGCUGGGAUGGAGGGACAGGUUAUCCUGCUGCGAGGGUGCCCAUUGCCUCAGCCCCAGGGUUGCGGGGCAGCUCGUGGGGCUGUGCUGCCUCCCAGGGGACGGUUAAGCGGUGGGGAGGGUGGGAUUGAGGUACAACAGCCUUUUAAAGCCCAUAGGUUUUACAAUCAGGCUUUGUGUCUGCAGGGAAGAUGUUCUUUGUCCAUCUUACCCCUUUGCUCCCUCUUUCUCCUCCUGCAUGGCCGAAGUCAGUAGCAAAGGUGGUUUGUGGUGACUUCAGUGGUGUUGGGUCAACCCUUGGAGGCUCAGAAGUGUUUCGGCGGGGAUCAGACCCAGCACCACAGACACAUCUGUUUGGGUUUCCUGGCUCCCCUAAGAUUGCUGUGUCUGUUUGCACCCCGGGGUGUGCACCCACCAGGCCAGGGUGACCCUGAAGGUCACGCUGGCUCCUGGGCUGUCACCAGCCGUCUCUGCCUUGGGGAAAACGGCUGUUGCUUUUGCUGCUCAGCAUCGCUUGUGGGUAAAAUCCUCUGGCUGCUUGAAACCUUUCCAGCCUGGCUGGCUGCUCCGGGGGGUGGUUGCUGCCACAUCCACCCGCUGGUGCCCCCAGACCCACCAGCUGCAUGCGUUAGUGGGCGAUGGAGGGCUGUGUCCCCCUCUGCCUCUGUUGUGGUCCUCCACCAAGAUCCAGGCCAGCCGUUUUGCCCACCUGCAGCCAGCAGCGUCCGCCUGUUGGUGCCCAGGGCUGCGUUUCUGUCCCAGUUUUCCCCAGGGUUUGUGAACUGAAGCCGCUGUGGAGGGACAGACCUCUGCAUCCCACGGAGCUGGGGCCCUUCUCCCUCCCUGGCUGCUCAUGGGCUGGCACCAAGGGCAUGAUUAAAAGCAAAACAGAUUUGUUUACAGUGGGAAGAAAAAAAGCCUGUUAAUCCCUGGCUUUUAAAAAAAACCACCUAUUUUUUAAUGUUUCAGACUCCUUGGCACACUCUCCUUUAAUAACCCUGUAAAUAAAAUCCCAGGCAGGCAAAGGACAGCGAAGGCAGCAGAUGCUGCAGCUGCCCCUCCGGCUGAAGGCACGGCGUGCUCGGUGCUGUGCCGGGGUUGCUGCUGUCACCAAGUCUGCCCCUGUUUUACUUCUCUGUCUCGCUGGGGCAGCUGUCUCCAAGGGGAGGCAAAUCGAGCAGACCAGGGUUCCGAUGCACAUCGAGACCUUAGGCUACGAUCAUGCUUCUCCAUCCGAGGCGAGCACUGUUCCCGGGGCAGCUCCUCCUGUUAAUGCCUUUACCCUGUGACUCAGCUGAGUGUGGUGCAAGUGAAACCACUGGGUAGCAAUUUGAAGCAUAGAGUCACAGAAUCGUUUUGGUUGGAAAAGACAUUUAGGAUCACGGAGUCCAACUGUUAAGCCAGCAACGGAGCCGAGAGCAGGAGGUGCAAAUGAUGCUCCUUGCAGGGACCCCCUUGUCUGCUUAUUAAUUACCCCAUCCCUAAAGGAAAAAUCACCAUGGCCUGAGAAUUUGUCUUUUUGCACAGAGAUGGGGCAGCAAAGGCAUGGAAAGGAGCAGGGAUUGCAGCUGGUGGCAUCUUCUCCCUGCGGCAUUGUCUCUUUCCCUCCCUCCUGCCCGAUGCACAGUGCGGUGCUGCCGUUCAAGGUGAAUGUGCUGGAAGACCUGCAGUGUAGCAUGCCUGUGUCCCCCCUGUAGUGACCCCUCGUGUUGUCUGCUGCUGCGUCCUGUGACAAUAAAAGCCGAGUUAGCAACUACCUGUGAUGCUCUCAUGCCU